AUGUCGUUGUAUGUCGAUGAUUUGGAGAUGAACAUCACCGAUUCACAAUUGUUUAAGUUGUUUAGCCAACUAGGUCAGGAUGUUGCAAGGGCGAUAGAGGCGCUGAACUUCACACCUUUCAAUGGAAAGUCUGUUAGGAUAAUGUAUUCCGAUCGUGAUCCUAAUGUAUGCAAAAGUGGAUAUGGGAAUAUAUUUAUCAAGAAUUUGGACAAGGCAAUUGACCAAAAAGCACUACAUGACACCUUUUCUACAUUUGGCAAUAUCCUUUCUUGCAAGAUUGCCAUUGACAUGACUAGUCAGUCAAGGGGUUAUGGGUUUAUGCAGUAUGAUACUGAGGGAGAUGCACAACAAGCCAUUGAGAAGCUCAAUGGCACACUUCUGAAUGACAAGCAAUUGGAAAAUCUCUGGGUAAUGCUCAACGACCCGACAUGUAGGGAAGAGCUUUAUGCGUUUUUUCAACCGGAGAAUAAUCAAGGAGGAAAUGAUGGGAACAGAGAUGGUGGUUUGUUGGAUUAUUAA